AUGUUUCUUGGUGGACGUGCAGGGAGAGGUAAACCAGUAGGAGCCUCCUCCGAACCAUCCGACGGCAAAACAUAUCAAGGUGGUUCAAAAUCUACUUCCGUAAUAACAACAAACGAUCAAGCUGAUAGAGAAAUAUCAUCUCGGGAUUCAGCAUCAUCAAACACACCUGCUGCAAGCUCGUAUUCAGCAGUAAUCAUGGAUGAAUUUGGUAAUUUAGUAGAUGAAACAGGUAAAAUUAUUCAAUCACGAAAAACUGUGGUAACAACAAAGAUUAAUCAAAGACGACAAAAGGAAAAAAAAGAAAAUGCAUUGAAAAUUGAAAAACCUCCAAGCAUCAAAAAACAAGAAAUUUAUGAUCCUUCAUUAGGAUUACCUACUGCAGACCGAAAAAAACGAAAAAGAGGUCUUCAAUUUCAUGAAAAAGGAGAAUUUAUUGAAAAAGCAAAACUUAUGAGAGAGUUAGAGGAAGAAGAACGCCAAAAAGCCCUUCUUAAACAACAACUAGAAGCAGAAAAAAGAGAACAAGAACGAAUACAAAAAGAACAAGAAAGAGAACGGCUCAUUCAGGAAGAAAAAGAAAUUGGAGAGUUACAUUUAAUGUUGGGAUGUAGACGAGUGGAAGAUUAUGAAUCAACAAUACCUGAUGCUUUUUGGUGGGAUAAAAGAAUAUUGAAAAGCUUUAAAAAAGGAGACGAUUCAAGAGUAGAUCCAAACAUUGAUCCAUAUGAGAGAGAUUACGACACAGAAACAAGCUCAUUUAAAAUUAAGGAAAAAAUGGUCAAACAUAAUUUUGUGGAACAUCCUGUUCUUGUUGAACCGCUCAAGAAGAAAGUCGAAGUUGGACCAUUACCUUUAAUGUUAACUAAAAAGGAACAAAAGAAAAUGCGAACACAGCAAAGAAUUCAAAGAGAAAAGGAAAAACAGAGAAAAAUUAAAUUAGGUCUGAUCCCACCACCUCCUCCAAAAGCGAACAUGGGAAAUUAUAUGAAAGCUCUUCUAGCCUCUGGAGAGGAUCCCACUGAACUGGAAAUGCGUAUUAAGAGGGAAAUUGCGGAGAGGAUAAAGUCACACGAAGAACGAAUGGAAGCUCAAAAACUAACAAAGGAAGAGAAACGAGAGAAAAAAAUUAGAAAAAUCAAUGAAGAUGCAGAAUCAGAAUUACUGGUCGCCCUUUAUUCAAUACCCAACUUGGCACAUCCUCAAACCAGGUUUAAAGUUAAUACAGCAAAGGAGAAGGGCGUCACAGGAGCAGUACUUUCAUGUGCAAAUCAGACCAAUAACAAGACGAGGAUUUUAUUGAUAGCUGAGGGAGGCAAAAAAAGUCUCAAAGCAUAUGAUCACGUUUUGUUGAAUAGAAUUGAUUGGACGAAAAAGGAAAAUCCUGAAGAGGAAUCAAACAUUGAUAGAGCUGAACCUGAUACCGCUAAAUUAUUAUGGAAAGGAACAAUUCUCAAACGAAACUUCCAAUAUUUUAAAUUUCAACAAUUUGAAGACGAGGAAUCUAUCAAAAAUUAUCUCAAAGAUCAUGGAUGUAGUCACUACUUUGACAUUUUCCAAAAUGAUAUGAAUAACGUUGCUGCUGUAUUAUAA